AUGGGUCAAGUUAUUCUCCCCGCACUUAUUCCAGAUAUUCGUCGCAUCUAUGAUGUGUACUUUUCCGCGUUUGAGCACGACCUGAUGGGUCAAAUCUUGCUCAAGAUUCUGUUCCCUGGCUCACAGAUUACCGAUGAGGAGUUCAGAAAGGGUCAUGCAGCCGGCACCCUGCAAUACUGGCAUGCCAGCGAUAAUCAGUACACGCUCAAGUGUGUCGACACGGAUACUGGCGAAAUCAUCGGCAUGGGUCUGGACUGCCACGUUAUUGCGGUGGACCCGAAGCAUCAAGGACGCAAGGCGGGACAAUUGUUGGUCCAGUGGGGUAUGCAAAUGGGCGAGUUGGCAGGAUUGCCUCUGUACUUUGAAUCGUCUCCAUCGACGGUCAAUCUGUACAAGAAGAUGGGGUUCGAGUUGCUGCCCGAGAAGAUUGUGCACAAGGCCGAGGUCCUUGGUACCGAGAAGGACAUCGAAGUGCCGUUGAUGGUGAAGAUGCCCUCUGUGGCUGGAGGCGUAACGUUUGAAGAAUGGCGACAGGGGGGAUACCCUGAAUUUUCCAAGGAGGUCCUGCCCGUUCCUGUGGCUGCAGUCUAA